CUUCUUCCUCUUCUUUCAAGCUGGCAUUGGAUACUUUUUUUUUUCAUUUAAUUAAGUAACAAUAAAUACUGAAAAUGCAAAAACAACCAUAUUCAAAUUCAUUUCAGAUUCAUUCACCCAACCCAAUUGCUUAUAACAUGUUCCAAACAACAACCAAUUUCUCUACGGAACAAAUAAACGACUUUGAUUAUAGUAACAUGAUGACCACUCAGCACACCUUGUAUGGGGAUGGCAUAUCUUUGGCCGAAGCAGCAUCCAUCUGUUCUUCAAAUGAUACACCCGAUGUUGCUCCGGUUGCCGAUAAAUUAUCUAUUUCAUCUGAGACAGUGGUAGCACAACAACAACCUAUCGCUCAUGAAAAUCAGUACAAUUCUGUACCUUUCGCAAUGACCCAAUGGGCUUCUCAUUUGGCACAUUAUCAGCCAGACGGAGUCUAUAGUGAUGAGGAUUAUUCUAUGACUGAUGAUAUUCAGACCCCAACAGUACAAUGGUGUAAUCAUGUUACAAGUGGAGGUGCAAUUAGUGCAACAGACACUGAACAAUACCAGAAUCUUUAUCCCAUCAUGACCGAGCAGGAACCUCAUUCAACAUGCAUACCCAAAGAUUCCUCUCAUUAUCACCGAAAAACCGUUUUGUAUAUGUCCUCAGAUAAUCUGUGCGACACGACUGAAAAUGAAUUGCGAAGAAAAUCCAUGAAUGAUCUCGUAAACCAAAAGUCAUUUUGUCAUUUAUCAAGAGAGGAGCUUAUUCAGCGCGUAUUGGAGCUAGAAAAGGAAAAACAGUUAUCUAAAAAGUCACUAGAACAAUCUGAUGGCUCAGAUGAAGAUGAGAUUCAUCCUUGCCGCUGGUCUGGCUGUGGUACCUUGACUGUUUCUCUCGAUCAGCUGAUCGCGCACAUUAAAGAUACACAUAUAGGAAGUGGGAAGGCUGCUUAUUGCUGCGAAUGGAUCGGAUGUCCUAGAGAGCGCAAGCCUUUUCUAAAACGCCAUAAGAUGCAAAAUCAUAUGAGAACGCACACAGGUGAAAGGCCAUUUGUAUGUCACGUUGAGGGCUGCGAUAAAAAGUUCUCUCGUCCCGAUUCCUUGAACACACAUAUCAAGACGCAUUCAAAUGUUCGACCAUUUAUAUGCCCUUUCGACAAGUGUACCAAAGCUUAUUUUCAUUCAAGAUCACUUCGUAAGCAUGCUAAAUCACACGAGUCUCUCUCUACAAAGGCCUUGGUUGAUCAAAAGCCAUAUUGUAGACCAACCAAGACAACAACCCAACAACAACAACAACAACAACAACAACAAGCGUGUGGUACAGAAGCCCGACAUCUUUUGGCGCCCACCAUAACAACAAAAUUUACGCCGUCAGUUAGUACGGAAAUGCACUAUUUAGCUGCUGGCAGUAUCAAUCCAAACAUGUACAUGGCUCCACAUUUUCCUUCUUUUCCAGUAGAACAGCAACAUCUUGUUCCAUAUCAACAAAUGCAACGUCAACAGCAACAACAACAACAACAAUUGCAAUCACAACCCCAACUGUAUUUUGCCACGCAUUAUUACAACUCUAAAUAUAUUUACUAA